AUGGCUCAAAGCUUAGGGAAGGAAGGUGUUGAAGUUUCUUUGUUUGUGCAAAACAUUCCACCUAGUUACCAUUGGAGUGGGUUGAGACAAUUAUUCGGGAGACAUGGAGAUGUGAUUAGUUCUUAUAUCGCAAGAAAAAAUGAUAGAACAGGAAAGCGUUUUGAUUUUGUUAGAUUUUCUAACAGGGAUGAUUCAGUUAGAGCAGUCCAAAGAUUAAACGGAUUCUGGAUAGAACAAGGAUACAACGAUAGCGGGAAAAGUGCGGAGGUUUCUGCAAGGAGGACUCGGUUAGUUCAGGGGGAGGUUGAUGAGGACAUUGUUCGUAAGCUCCAGAAAAGUCUCGUAGGAACGAUGGUGGCAGUUUGUUCUUCGAGACAGGUGGAAGACAAACUACAAGCGGGAGGUUUAGGAGAAAUUAAGACAAAAUUCUUGGGAGGGAGAGACUACUCGUUGUAA